AUGCCAUCGUCAACGGCGGAAGCGGUGUACGCAAAUACGACUAUUGGUCGAGAUCCACGACACGUGAUCGAAGACGUUGUUGAGGAAAACGCUGAAGAAUCUAAUCCACACGCUUCGUAUUACGACGGUGGCGAAGACUUCCCAUUAAAAACGGACUCCAAUUGUGCUCCGGGCGAUCAAACGGCCUUGGUUCUGCCGCCGCCCACAAAAUAUCACACAAUGGCCGUUGUACCUGGACGCUGUCUGCGAGCAUGUCUGGACAUAUUCUCAUUCAUUAUAUGUCUUGUACUUGUCAUUAUUCAACUAGGCUUGAUAGAUUACUAUUAUCUCACGGUUUUAUCGGAUAGAAUUUGGUACUCUUGGAUCGGGGCCGAUGCUCUUGUCAUCGUCGUCAUGUUGUGGUUACUUGUGCUUGCCCUUAAGUACAAUCAAACUCAAAUGGAGGAGGUCUGUUCAGCCGAUGGAAAAGUGAAAUUCGCCUGGAUCGGAUGGCUCGUCUACUCGUUGGUUCUGGUCGGGAAGGUUGCCACUUGCUUCCGCCUCUUCUACAGCGAACUACCACCCGGACCACUGGACAAUAAUGACAAACUUUUCGACGAUCACCUUUUCAAACUUGGACUUUCACUGUCGGUGCUGAUUUUCUUAUUCCUGCUCGAGGCUCACCACUACACGCCACUGAUGAGCGCUCGCCAGCUCUACAUUACUUAUCUGACUACUGCCAUUUGUCUUGAUCUCGUCGACAAUAUUUACUUCCUCGACCUCCUUUGGCAAUCAUUCAAGGACGGAUGGAAUCUUCCUGUAUGGCUCGAUAUCACCAUAUUGACGGUAGCAUGUGUGAAUUUUGUCAUGCCUACAUUCGCGUUGCUGAAACUUCGAUUUGGACGUUACCCACGGCUCCUA